ACAUCACGAGGGGCAAAGACUUCACAUCUAGUUGAAAAAAUACUGAAGAUGCAGAUACAUGAUUUCAAACGAAAAACUAAGAAUGAGUUGCAGACUAUCAUAGAAGCGAAGUGUGACCAAAGGCAAAAAGAAAAGGAAGCCUUGUGUCUUUUGUUUGAAUUCGUUGAGAUAAUUCAGAAUCAGAAUGACUUUUCUAAAGAAGAAAUCAAACAUAUGAUAGAACAAAGGAUUCGAUAUUAUGGUGACCUCUGUCUCCAGUUAGUAGACGACUUACUUAGUUGGUUUACAGAUAUGAGAAAUAUUCCCGACGCAGUACCUGGAAUUGCACAAUUAGGUUGCAUCCGAAUACCAAUGAAGUGUUCUUCAAUGAAAGGAAUGUUGAAGCAUUUAGAGUAUAUGGAUAGUGAUGAAUGCGAACAACGUCUUUCAAAGAUAUCAUGCAGUCUUAGCAAUAUGUUAAGGUUUUCUUGCAGCCUGUCGUGGACCAUAGAACCUGACAGUUUACAAAACGUUAUGAAAACAUUAUCGGAAGAAUUAGAAACACCUGAUCCAACAUCGAAGACUGUGAAAAUUGUGCUUCCAUUCCAAAGUAAAUCACUGGAAGGCUUAACAAAUAUCUGGACUAUCUUCGAAGGAGAGGAAGCCAAUAGUCACCUUACAAAAGUAUCGGAAACGUUGUCAAAAAUUGUCGGUGCAAACGUUAGUCUGACUGCAUCAGUUGUUAUGGAUCAGUUUACAAAGGCGGUGUAUGAAAGAAGUAAAGGAUACUUAACAGAAGCUACAAUGGCAGCUGGUGGUCCACAUUUUACACCAGAAAAAGGGGUCUUUGAUGAAGAAACUUUGGAACGAGUCAAAAAGGUACCGUUUUUAUCGUUAUUUGUUCAUGGUUAAAAUGAACUGCACAUCAUGCAGAGAACAGUUAAAUUAGUAAUUAUGUCACGUACUUAAAUACAGGUGUAAAAUUGUCAAUCGG